AUGGGCUUGCUUGACGACAGAUCCAUCUCUGAUGUCGAUAGCGACAACGGACGGAAUGACCUAGAACACAGAUUCCUCCUCUCAAAGUGGGCCGGUCCCAUCCUCGCUCCUGUCGACUACCUCCGAUCAACACCUUGGAGGGUCUUCCUCGUCCGUCUCGCCUGGUUCUUCGUCCCAAGCUUCCUCCAGGGCCGCCAUGCUCGUGAGCAGAUCCGACCCGCCAAGCUCGCCCCUACGGCAUAUCUCGAUGGCAUGCGAGGCGUUGCUGCCCUUGUCGUCUUGUUCUGCCACUUCUUCUACCAAGCCUUUGUCAUUGCCAAGGGCUGGGGCUGCAACGACUCUCACUACAACAUCCUCAAACUUCCUAUCCUACGAUUGUGGUUUCAAGGGCCACCCGCCGUCUGUCUUUUCUUUGUCAUCUCGGGCUACGCCCUCUCCUAUCGACCCCUGAAGCUCAUCCGGAGCCGAAGCAGCCAGGACUUUUCCACUGCUAUGAGCUCUCUGGUGUUUCGACGAGGCAUCCGUCUCUAUCUACCCACCGCAAUCUCUACUUUGAUGAUCGUUGCUCUCAUCCGUUCAGGAGCGUACGAGGGAACUCGGGCAUUUGCUCUGGAUCGCACUUACAUGAGAAACGUCAUCGAGCCUCACCCCACCAGGCUCAAGACAAACUAUGCUCAAUUGGCAGAUUGGGCAAAGGACAUGUUUAAAUUCGUCCAUGUCUUUGGCUGGAAGACUCAUGGUGGAAGCACCAACUAUGACCAACACCUUUGGACAAUUCCCGUCGAAUUCCGUUGCUCCCUGUAUCUAUUCCUCACCCUCCUAGGCACUGCACGACUUCGAACCCAGUAUCGACUCCUCACCGUUGGUGGUGUCAUGCUCUUCACCUACCGAAAUUCUCAAUGGGAGUUUCUAAUGUUCCUUUGCGGCAUGGUCCUUGCCGAGAUGGAUCAUAUUAGAGGUGCCCACGUCUCGGCCCCCGCCCUCCCCAUUGAGGAAAAGACUCAACCCCCUCGCCGCCGAACACUCCAAGGCAUCUUCUGGGCUCUCCUUAGCAUCAUGGGCCUUUACUUCAUGAGCCAACCUGACCAGGGAGGCGAUACCACUCCAGGAUGGGUCUACCUCACGUCGUUGAUUCCUAAGUGGUGGACGGCCGAGAAGUAUCGAUACUGGCAGUGUACGGGCGCUGUCAUAUUCGUACUUUCUGUGAGCCGCUCGGCUAACUGGCAGCGGGUUUUCAACUCGGCUUUUGUCCAAUACCUGGGCAAGAUCUCGUAUGCCCUUUAUCUCAUGCAUGGACCUGCCAUCCAUGCUGUCGGAUAUCGCUUUGAGAUGUGGGCCUAUAGCUUGACUGGCAUUGAGGGCAACUGGUUCACAGCUGGCUUCGUCCUCAGCUCCCUCUUUGUCAUCCCAACCGUUUUCUGGUGGGCCGACAUCUUCUGGCGAGCGGUUGACAUUCCCACGGUCAAGUUUGCCAAGUGGUGGGAGAGCAAGCUUAUUGUCAAGGCCGAGUAG